UGUAAGUCUAGUGUCAAACUUUGCUUACAGCUGCAUCGACAUGAUUGUGUACAGUCUAUGCGAUAUUGUGUGGUGUGUAUAUUUGUGUAUAGACUUCUAGGUCCCUGCCUUACAGCAUGUAUGCAGUGCUAGUCUAGAGGUCAAUACGCUUUAGCAUUGACUCUCUAUGCUUUGCUGGAGUGGUCGAGAGGUGGUGCGACGUCAACGGGGCAGUAUAUCUCUGCCAAACGGAUCUACGGCGAAAUUGGUACCGUACUAGGAAAACCUACCAGCAGAAGGUAUCCUGACAAGAUAAGCUGUUGGAAGGAUUCGACAGCGCACGGGUUUCGUUACAAUAUCAUUAUUGUCAUCUGUAUCAAGAGAAUCCAUUGCGACUACACCAUGAAGUGGAAGUGUCUAUCCCCCAGAUCGUCGGUGGCAGCCAUCUUUAUCUGCUUCAUACCAAUUUUGAUUUUCAUCUUCGAUUUAAGUGGCAACAGUCGACAAGGAGAGCAGUCACUGGGAAAUCCAGCUCACCGUGUUUCAGGUUCUCGCCAUGUUUCACAGUUGACCCUGAACAGUUCACAACCUCCUUUCACUCUCUUUCAGAGCAGAUGGAGCUGCAAAAGUGAGAGAGCAAUCAAGACAAGAAACCUGGAUUGCAAACGCCGGUUGCCUGAUGUGAUCGGUAUAGGUGCAAAGAAAUGUGGAACCGGUGCGCUCGAAUUCUUUCUUUCCGGUCACCCAGCUCUUUACACAAAGGCUGACACUCCUGAGAGGCCUCGAGAGGCCCAUCAAUGGGAUCGGCAGCCGACGAGGAGUGUCGAGGAAUAUCGACAACUGAUGCCCAGAACUUCACAGUAUCAAUUUACCAUGGAGAAAACGCCAGCGUACUUUGUUGGAGACGACAUACCUGCCGCGAUAGCGCGGGACGUUUCACGCGAUGUCAAACUCUUGCUUAUCCUGCGAGACCCCGUAAAACGCGCCAUUUCUGACUAUACUCAUGUCUUGGACGUGUUCCCGAAAAAAAUGGCGCGUAGACAACGAAACGGCACCAGGAAACGGGGAAGAGUACUAAAGUACCCUCAAGCCAACAUAUCUUACGUCAUAGAAGACACAUUUGAAAAGAGCGUAAUAAACGAAGACGGUACAGUGAACGACAAUAAUGCCAUUAUCUUUACAGGGUUGUACUCACGCCAUCUCCGUAAUUGGUUCGAGAUUUUCCCUCGCGAACAGAUACUUAUACUGGAUGGUGAUUUGUUUUCUAAGAAUCCACUACCUCAACUCCAAGCCACCGAAUCGUUCUUGGGGCUGCCAAAAUAUUUCGACGCCAACAAGAUAUACUUUGACGAAGCAAAAGGAUUUUUCUGUCUGGCAAUGCCUUUUAAGCUCUGCAUGGGAAAAGGUAAAGGCAGAAAGCAUCCUGAAGUGGAAAGAGAAACUUUUAAGAAAUUGUACAAAUUUUACGAACCAUAUGAUAAAGAGCUUGAGAUUCUAACGGGAAGGAAAUUUUCAUGGAUGAAUCUCAACAAUGAUGAAGUCACUGGUUGAUAAUAAACUUUUGAAUAUUUCAGAUUGCAAGAAGCUUGAUAAAAUGAUAUAUUCAUGUAUAUUUAUAUAUUUAAUCGUUUAUUCAUCCAUUUAUUUAUUUAGUCUUAUUUGACCAGGGUGGUUUCACCAGUGACAUCGACACUGCUUACAAAAAUUCCCUACAAAUUAACAAAUUAUGGACAAUAUAAUACAAGAUAUUAACUUUAUAAACAAAAUUU